UUGCUUGGAGGCGUAAAUUCAGUUUCUUUUUUAAGUCGCUAAUACAUAAAUAUUUUAAUAGUAAACAAAUUGAGAAAUAUUAAAUAAUAAAACAUAUACAACAUAAAAUGUUAUCGAUUGGCUCUUUGGCCAACAUUAAACAUGUUCUGCAAAAGGAACUUUUUAAUGGGUGCGGCGAACGAUUGCUUUCGGUGGUGACGGUAACUAAAACUUUCAAAAAGAAACGGGCCUGCUAUCUGUGUGUUGCCACGACACCGCCUCCUGUACCCCAAGUUACAGUGUGCCUGGUCAAACAGACCGAACAGAAAGAUGGUGAUUACAAAAAGAAACGUAUUUGGCAAUUGGAUGAAAUCAAAUGGGUGGACGGUCGCAGUGAACAGUUCGAUAUUCAUGAAUUCGAUGUACAGGUGGAAAAACUGUACAAAUGGUAUGCUCUUAAUUUGCACGAACGACAAAACUUCAUAGCAGUUUUGUACAAGCAAAUCCAUAAAUAUGCGCGGGGAGCAAAAGCAGAAUUUCGCAAUAUACCACCAGCUUGGCUGUUGGAUAAAUCGCCAGAAAAAUUAAUGGGUAUGGAUGGAAGUGGUCGCGACAGUAUAAGAGGAACUUCAGCAGUACGAGACGGCAUCGGCCGUGAUGAACUACGGAAAAAUGGUGCUGAAACCGAAGACGAAGAAGAAAUGGAAUUUACAGAAUUUACCGCAUUGACCGAUAAGGAGGCCACUGAGUUGUCAAAACUCUUCAAUGAAUGUGAUUACGCUGUAAAAGAUGCUGAAUUGUUAAUUGAGAAGUUGUCGAAAGAAUUACACGAUUUAGAUGGGGCAAAUAUGCAAUCUGUGUUAGCUUCCGAAAAGCAAGUAAUGAUGUUAAUGCAACACAUCGAUAAAGCCAUUGGUGAAGCUGACAAGUUUGAAGAACGCUUAGAUUCAUAUGAGGAAAUUUUGGGACACGUUAAAGAGACCAUGGAAAAAAUUGGUGGCAAAAAUGCCAUGAUUAAAAUUGCCAAUAAUAACAAUAUCAAGCUUAAGGAAGAAUUAAGUCAAAUUAUUUCCCAGUUAGAUUUUCCCGUCUCCUAUCAGCAAAUAUUGCAAGCACCCGAUUUGAAAACGCCUGAAGGCCGCAAAGCAGCAAUAGUAGCUGCUCAGACUUUACAACACGCCUUAAAUAGUGAUAUUGAUCCUUCGCUGCAGCGCCUGGUGGCUGUACGAGAUCAAAUGAAACGUUUCGAAAACUGGAAGAAGAGUUUCUUAGUGCCUGUGAUAAAGCAUUUAAAUUGUCUUUUCAUACAUUUGUCCAAUGAAAUUGGAGAUAUGCCGCUGUCGAGCACCGAGCUGGUGUUGCCGAAUCAUUCGUCUGUACAUCAUGAACUAACACCCUAUACGGAAUUAAUGCAUUGGAUAAAGGCCAUGGAUCGUACUAAAUAUGAUGGUCUAACGGCGGUUUACACAAAAUCCUUAAGUAAAAUUUAUGAUCGUGAUAUAAGGAAUUUUUUCACAUUGGCUAAAAAACAAAUUUCGGAAAAAUUACGCAAUUCCCGAGAAGAUUUAGAUGUUUCCACAUCUUCCGCUUCUAAGAAAGCUGCGGUUUCGUCUGUACCCCACGGUACUCUGGGCGUGAAUAGAGAUCAGUGGGGCCCUGGGGUAGAUUCAGCGGAUCGUGAACGUUUCGAUGCAGUUUUGGAAAAAGUUUUAGCCGAAUUGGAACCAAUUGCCCUGCAAGAACAAAAAUUCUGUAUUAAUUUCUUUCAAAUGGAUGUUAUAAGUCCCACCGCAAAGAGCGCUAAUUUAGAUGUGAUGGAAAAGAGUGUUGACAUGUCACAAUCUUUGUUACUGUCACCUUCAUCGGUCACUGGAGCAGGAGAUGCACAAUUUCCCCAAAAGAAAAUUGAUCGUCAAAUAAAUGAAGAGGUUCGCAAACUAAUGAAUGCUUUGUUCGGCUGUCUGGAACAGGAACUUAUUAAUUUCAUACAAAGCUUUGAACGAUUUGAUUGCUUCUAUUCUCUUUAUGUAUUGGAACGUUUAAAUCAACAUGUUAUGUCCGCCCAAGAUACACAUUCCUUUUUAAGCAUGACCUUCGCAUCCGUAUUAGUUCAUGUCAAACGUAAUUUCGAUCGUUUCAUGCAGCAACAAUUACAAUCGAUACGUGAUGCAAAAAUGCCCAAACGUUCGAAAUGCGGCAUAUUACCGUAUGUGGAGAAUUUCGAGUACUUCUCACAAACGACAGAGGAUUUCUUUAGGAAAUCAACACGGCGCACAGACGGUGAAAAGUAUAUACAAUUGAUAAAUGCCAUAUUCGAGGGCAUCAAUACACAUGCUAAGGAUUAUAUAAAAACACCACAACAAGUAGUGCGCAUGGAAAAUUAUCAUCACAUGUACUCGCUGUUGGCCCGUUUAAAAGUGCCCAGUUUGGAUGAGUUGAAGAAAGAGGCCAAGUCGCGUUACAACGAAGCCUUAACGAAUUAUGUUAUACAGUACUUUGGCAGACCAUUGGAAAAACUAAAUCUGUUCUUUGAAGGUGUUCAGCAGAAAAUUGCCCAGGGCGUCAAGGAAACUGAAAUUAGUUAUCAGAUGGCUUUUUCCAAGCAGGAAUUGCGCAAAGUUAUCAGUCAAUAUCCGGCGCGUGAAGUGAAAAAGGGUUUGGAAAAUCUUUAUAAAAAAGUGGAGAAACAUUUGUGCGAAGAGGAGAACCUCUUGCAGGUGGUAUGGCAUGCCAUGCAAGAGGAAUUCAUUGUACAAUACAAAUUCCUAGAAGAGCGCAUACAAAAGUGCUAUGCCGGUUCGAUGAUUAGUUUAGAAUUUAAUAUACAAGAUAUUUUAAAUUUCUUUUCAGAUAUAGCACGUUCCCAUUAAUCCUCCAACUAAAUGAAUAAAACGUACAGAUAUGUAUACUUUUAUUGUAUGUAUAAGAAAUCUUAGACAUUUAUUUAUUGAUAUUAAACAAAUAAAGUAAAAGAAAGUAACAUAAAUUUCCCAAAAUAA